AUUAGGGGAAGGAGGGGGGAGGAGAAGUUUUCUGUGUGUGUGGAGAGAGGAGCAGGAGUGAGGACGCUGGUGCUGGCCUUGUUUUUCACUCAUCAGCUGCUUGUUUUUUAUUUAGACUUGGCAACAUUGGACACAACACAUUUUGGUGGAGGUGACGGUGACCGGCAGUGAGAUAACUUAAGGAGCUGGAGUCCCACUAAGAGUAGAAGACAAGGCUGCGGAAAGAGACGACGUGGAAAGGCUCCUUGUUUCCUGAUCUAGCCAACUAAAGAUAUAAUUUCUUCUUAAGCCUCUGGAGGGUUCAAGGAAACGAUUUUCAUUUUAUGGAUUGAAGUUUUUAACUUUUAUACAUGAUGAGUCUCACAGGAGAGAAACCACAUCUGUGUUCUGAGUGUGACAGAAGGUUUACAUGUAAAUCAAAGCUUCUCAUACAUCAGAGGAGUCACACAGGAGAGAAACCAUUUACAUGCCCUGAAUGCAGCAAGUGUUUUUCCCGGAAGUCAUGUCUUGUUAUACAUCAGAGGAGUCACACAGGAGAGAAACCAUUUACAUGUUCUGAAUGUAGCAAGUGUUUUCCCCAGAAGUCACAGAUUGUUAUACAUCAGAGGAGUCACACAGAAGAGAAACCACAUCUGUGCUCUGAGUGUGACAGAAGCUUUACCUGUAAAUCACAUCUUAUCAGACAUCAGAGGAGUCACACAGGAGAGAAACCAUUUAUAUGUUCUGAAUGCAGCAAGUGUUUUUUCCGGAAGUCAUGUCUUGUUAUACAUCAGAGGAGUCACACAGAAGAAAAACCAUUUACAUGUUCUGAUUGCAGCAAGUGUUUUUCCCGGAAGUCCUCUCUUGUUAUACAUCAGAGGAGUCACACAGGAGAAAAACCAUUUACAUGUUCUGAAUGCAGCAAGUGUUUUUUCCAGAAGUCAAAUCUUGUUAUGCAUCAGAGAGUUCACACAGGAGAGAAACCAUUUGAAUGUUCUGAAUGUAGGAAGUGUUUUUCCCAUAAGUCAACUCUUGUUUUACAUCAGAGGAUUCACAGAGGAGAGAAAUCAUUUACAUGUUCUGAAUGUAGCAAGUGUUUUUCCCAAAAGUCAUAUCUUGUUAUACAUCUGAGGAGUCACACAGGAGAGAAACCAUUUACAUGUUCUGAGUGCAGCAAGUGUUUUUCCUAUAAGUCAUCUUUUGUUAUACAUCAGAGGAGUCACACAGGAGAAAAAACAUUUACAUGUUCUGAAUGCAGCAAGUGUUUUUCCCGGAAGUCACUUCUUAUUAUUCAUCAGAGGAGUCACGCAGGAGAAAAACCAUUUAUAUGUUCUGAAUGUAGGAAGUGUUUUUCCAAGAAGUCAGAGCUUGUUAUGCAUCAGAGCGUUCACACAGCAGAGAAACCAUUUACAUGUUCUGAAUGUAGCAAGUGUUUUUCCUAUAAGUCAUCUCUUGUUAUACAUCAGAGGAGUCACACAGGAGAAAAAGCAUUUACAUGUUCUGAAUGCAGCAAGUGUUUUUCCCAGAAGUCAUAUCUUGUUAUACAUCAGAGGAGUCACACAGGAGAAAAACCAUUUACAUGUUCUGAAUGUAGGAAGAGUUUUUCCCGGAAGUCACUUCUUACUAUACAUCAGAGGACUCACACAGGAGAGAAACCAUUUACAUGUUCUGAAUGUAGGAAGUGUUUUUCCCAGAAGUCAGACCUUGUUAAACAUCAGAGGAGUCACACAGGAGAGAAACCAUUUGAAUGUUCUGAAUGUAGCAAGUGUUUUUCUAGAAAGAAAACACUCAGUAAUCACAUGCAGAGUCACUCUGAGGUCCUGAAUGCAGCUUGUGUAUCAUAGUAAUGUAACUAUAUGAAUUCAAUGGAACCAAUAUUUAUUUUCUGAAUGUGACAAGUGUUUUAUAUAAAUGACUCUUGAUAAAGACAGGAGAGGUCAUACAAGUAGACCUGGAGGUACUUUUCCCCUUGGGAAGGUCUCUGUGUUAGGAAAUAGAGCUGCAGUAUAACAAUAGCCAAUGACCGUGGGACUGCCAUUACUGAGCUCUGUAAUAUACAGCUGUUCUGCUCAUGCAGGUGCUGGGACUAGUAGAGAGUUCCAGCAGCUCCUCUCAGUACUGGGAUUCCUUCUCUGAUGCUGCUUUUAGAUCGCAAAUGCCGGAUCCUACCCG